UAACUAUAUCGUCCUCAGAAUCAACCGAUCCACCCAAAAUUUCUCAAUCCCAAGAACUGUGAGAUCUUGUUCACUCAUCAUGUAUUCAACAAUCUCAGAUGGUUAUGAGAAGUACUCCGACCCGCCGUCUUCAUACUCCAAGGACACCGCCACCGGCGUUCCGGUCAGCUCCGACGGCAGCCAGUAUUAUGAGUCUUCCAAGCCAGCUGUGUUUCAGAUUCAGUCUAAACCUCGGAUUCCCUGGUCCUCCGGCCUCUGUGGAUGUUUCUCCGACCUCAAAACUUGCUUGGUGACAUGCGUGUGCCCCUGCAUUACCUUUGGUCAGAUUGCAGAGAUUGUGGAUAAAGGAUCAACAUCUUGUGGUGCUAGUGGGGCGUUGUACGCACUGGUAUGCUGUGUGAUAGGGUGUCCAUGCCUUUACUCCUGCUUCUACCGCUCAAAAAUGAGGCAGCAGUACGUGCUGCGGCAGACCCCUUGCUGUGAUUGCUUGGUUCAUUGCUUCUGCGAGUGUUGUGCCCUCUGCCAAGAGCAUCGUGAGCUCAAAACCCGCGGUUUUGACAUGACUAUCGGAUGGCAUGGAAAUGUUGAGCAACGUAAUCGCGCAGCAGCCGCGAUGGCUCCUGUGGAGGUGGAAGGAAGCAUGAGUCGAUAGAACGCAUCCGAGAUCUAGUGUUGCUGGAUUUAAAAGCCAAUACUAUAGGUGUGAUUAAGAUUAUUAAUGUUUUACAUCAAUGGCUAAAAAGAUUCUACAAAAUAAAUCUACAAACUAACGAGUUUAUAUCACAUUGUAUGUUAGAUUGUAAAACUUUUUUUUCUUGUAAAUUAGAUCCAACGUAUUAUAUGAAGUUGUGUAAGUUUAUGGGUCUAUGUUUAUAAAAUUUCUUUGUGAUUGUAGUACUUCUCUACUUUAUAAUAAUGAAUUAUGCUUUGUAAUAAUGAAUU